UUCGUACCUGUAUUAUUAUUAUUAUUAUUAUUCUAGUCCCUGAUUUCUGAUACACACCCAGUUAAUUUUCUCUCUCCCCAAAGCGCACACACUGCAAAACAGUACUCUCACUUUCUCUCUCUAAAACCCAGAAACAGAGGCGGCCAUACCAUAUGUGAAAAACCAAGCACCCUUUCCCCCAAUCCCCACUGCCCUAAUUUUUUCUUCUUCUUUCUUCUCCUAAUCCACCCAUUCACCAAGCUAGCUUUCUUUCGAUUUGAUUUGAUUUUGAUUUUCGAUUUCUCUGAAAAAGAGAUGAAGAGAGACAGUAUGAAUCAGGACAAUUUCUCCAGCAGUACAGCUGGCAGCUGCAGCUCCUCCACCAAAGCCAAGAUGUGGCCGUGCGAUGCCGACGACGGCGGCGGCGGCGGCGGCGGAGUCGACGAGCUCUUUGCUGUUCUCGGCUACAACGUCAAGUCGUCGGACAUGGCGGAGGUGGCGCAUAAGAUCGAACAGUUGGAGGAGGUGAUGGGCAGCGUCCGCCAGGACGGCCUUUCUCAGCUCGCUUCCGACACCGUACAUUACAACCCCUCCGAUCUCUCGUCGUGGCUUGAAUCCAUGAUUUCCGGCCUCAAUCCGAUGCCGGAUUUCGACUCCUCGUUAGAUAAUCCAUUUCUCGAUUCAUCCCCAACCCUAACCACCAGCACCACCACCACCACAAACAGCUUCGACAGCCGUCCUCGUAUGCCGGUUGACUUGGAUUUCGGGUCAGAUCUCAUCGCCAUACCCGGAAAAGCCGUUUACCCCAGAACUCAACCCCCUCCUCCCCCGCCGCCGCAGCAGCAUCAGCAUCAUCAGCCGCAAGCUAAGAAACUCAAAACGUCGCCGUCUCUGGGCAACUCCGUAUCAGCGCUUCAUAGGGAUCCGGUUUUCGCGCGGCCCGUUGAAUCGGCCCGGCCCGUAGUCCUCCUCGACUCACAGGAGAACGGCGUCCGCCUCGUCCACACACUGUUAGCCUGCGCCGAGGCCGUACAGCAAGAGAACUUCAAACUCGCCGAAGCUCUGGUCAAGAACAUCGGAUUCCUCGCAGUUUCACAGCCCGGCGCGAUGAGGAAAGUUGCCACGUAUUUCGCGGAGGCACUUGCCAGAAGAAUCUACAGGCUGUACCCAACCAACCCACAGGACUCCGCCUUCACCGAUUUGCUCCAAAUGCACUUCUACGAAACGUGCCCGUAUCUCAAAUUCGCCCACUUCACGGCGAACCAAGCAAUCCUCGAAGCGUUCGAGGGCAAAAGCAGAGUCCACGUCAUCGAUUUCAGCAUGAAGCAAGGUAUGCAGUGGCCGGCCCUCCUGCAAGCUCUGGCGUUGAGGCCCGGCGGCCCUCCUAGUUUCCGGUUAACCGGAAUCGGCCCGCCUUCGCACGACGACACGGAUCACUUGCAGGAAGUUGGGUGGAGAUUGGCGCAGCUGGCGGAAACUAUCAACGUCGAAUUCGAGUACAGGGGCUUCGUCGCUAAUUCCCUCGCGGAUCUGAACGCGUCCAUGUUCGAUGUGAGGGAAGGCGAAACCGUGGCGGUCAAUUCAAUCUUCGACUUGCACCAGUUGAUGGCCCGGCCCGGCGCCGUCGAGAAGGUUCUGCAAGUUGUCCGUGAAUUGAAGCCCGAAAUCUUGACCGUCGUCGAGCAAGAGGCUAAUCACAACGGAGCUGUUUUCUUGGACCGGUUCACCGAGUCUCUGCACUACUACUCCACCCUUUUCGAUUCGUUGGAGAGCUGCGGAGGCGGGGGCGGCGGAUCCGCCGCCGCCGCAGAAGAGGCGGUGAGCGUUCAGGAUAAGGUUAUGACGGAGGUGUACUUGGGGAGGCAGAUUUGCAAUGUGGUGGCUUGUGAGGGUGUGGACCGGGUCGAGAGGCAUGAAACACUGGCUCAGUGGAGAACCCGGUUCGACUCGGCCGGGUUUGUACCGGUUCAUUUGGGUUCGAACGCUUACAAGCAAGCCAGUAUGCUGCUGGCGUUGUUUGCUGGUGGGGAUGGGUAUAUGGUGGAGGAGAACGGUGGUUGUUUGAUGUUGGGGUGGCAUACCAGGCCACUGAUUGCCACCUCGGCCUGGAAAUUGAGCUAGGCUCACUGAGUCGACUCGCUGGGUUGACGCGGUGGCGCGUUUCUUGAUAAGGGUUGUGUUGAUCUGCUGAGCUGUGGGUGAAAAAAAAUGAAAAUUACGCCUUAGUUGAAGAGUGAGACCCCACCACUUCUGUAGUGUGUGUCUCUAUCCCUUUUUUUCAUUUUUUCCUUUCAUUUUCAUUCCCUAGUUGAAAAAAAAAUGAUCUUUGUUCUUUCUUUUUAUUUUUAUUUUUAUUUUUAUUUUUAUUUUUAUUUUUUAUUUUGUUAGGUUUUUCUAAAAGUGAAUUUGCUUUUGUGGAAUCUUUGUAAUUUCCUCAGUGAUGAGUGUGUGGAAUAGAUAUGAUGUGUAUUUAUGAAUUAUGAAUAGCUUUAUUUCAUAAUAAAAAGAGACCACUCUUUUUGGAUUCUUGAA